GGACGACUUUCGUAUCAGUGGGCCCGUCCCUCCCCGCAACACAGUCACAUGUUGAUUCAAUGGGCUAACGAAGCGGUGUCCGUAUCUACACACGUCACGCUGUGGUUACCAGUGGAACCUUAUAAACUUGCGAUGGAGCCAGAAAAUUCAUAUUGAGAAAAAGUGCGGAGACGCGAAGAGUGACAGUAAGAUCACAAUCAGACAAGAUGCCUAUUCCAGCUGGUGGCGUAACCUAUUCCUGGAAUGAUUUCACGGAUAAUAAGAACAAUGAUGACUUCACCACACUAGAUAAUCUAGAUGGUGGCUUCUGUGACAAGAGUCCUGUCAGGGAGUUUCGAAGCAAAUAUGAACCCCCUCUCUACUGGUUGAUUGUACUGGUGGGGGCCAUAGGCAAUCUGCUAGUGGUAUGGAUCUACCUUCACUUUCACAAGCGUUUGAAGACCAUGACGGACAUCUACUUGCUCAACCUUGCCAUCGCCGACCUGCUGUUCCUGGGGACUCUACCAUUUUGGGCCACAGACGCUGUCCAUGGAUGGACCUACGGUACUCCAGCUUGCAAGCUGGUGAUAGCCAUCUACAAGAUCAACUUCUUCAGCAGCAUGCUGCUGCUGACCUGCAUCAGCGUGGACCGUUAUGUAGCCAUUGUUCAGGCCACUAAGUUCAAGAACUCCAAAAGAGAAAGACUUUUGCAAAGCAAGCUGGUGUGCAUGGGAGUCUGGCUGCUAGCUGUUGUCUUGUCUCUCCCAGAGUUCAUCUUUGGCGAAGCGAAGGAGACCUAUGAAGGCGACACCAACUGUACUAUGGUCUUCUGGUUCAACCAGAACAACCGCAUCAAAAUCCUGGUUUUGUCCCUCCAGAUCUGCAUGGGUUUCUGCCUGCCCCUGCUGGUCAUGAUAUUCUGCUAUACUGUCAUCAUCCGCACUUUGCUGCAGUCCAAGAAUUUUGCGAAGCACAAGGCCCUCCGCGUCAUCCUGGCAGUUGUGGCAGUAUUUGUUCUCUCCCAGAUGCCACACAACGGUGCCCUAUUGGUUGAGGUGACGCAGGCAGCUAACACCACAAUUACAGACUGCGAAGAGGUUAAGCGCCUUAGCAUCAUUAGUCAGGUGCUGAAGAGCCUAGCCUACACUCACAGUUGCCUCAAUCCAAUCCUCUAUGUCUUCAUUGGGGUGCGCUUUCGUGAUGAUCUGUUGAAGGCGCUCCAAAGCUGUGGUUGUUGCAGACGGUAUGGUCAACACAGCAUAACGAAACGCAGUAGUACGUCAGAAACAGAGACGACGCCGGCACUGUCAUUGUAGCGAACCUCUGAGACUAGCUGAAAUGUCUACUUUUUUGACAAAAGAAUGUGUAAAAUAUCUAUCCAUCCAUUUUUCAAACCGCUUAUCCUACUGGGUCGUGGGGGGUCCGGAGCAUAUCCGGGAAGCAAUGGGCACGAGGCAGGGAACAACCCAGGAUGGGGGACCAGCCCAUCGCAGGGCACACUCGCACACCAUUCACUUUCACAUGCAUUCCUACGGGCAAUUUAGCAACUCCAAUUAGCCUCAGUAUGUCUUUGGACUGUGGGGGGAAACUGGAGUACCCGGAGGAAACCCCCACGACGACAUGGGGAGAACAUGCAAACUCCACACACAUGUAACCCAGGAGGAGACUCGAACCCGGGUCCCAGAGGUGUGAGGCAACAGUGCUAACCACUGCACCACCAUGCCGCCCCUGUGUAAAAAAUUUUGUACAUAUAUAAUGUAUAUAGUUUAUAAAUGUAUUUGGCAGAAACUAUUAACUAUGCUGACCUACUGUCCUACAAAGAAAAAACAGUAACUAGUCCUGACUCUGACACCGAAACAAAAAAGUGUUUUUGUGUGGAUUUUAUAGUAAUUUUCAAACUCAAUUUCCUUCAAAAACAUGCCUCCUUAAACUAAGGUAAUUUGUCACCAGACAAAACAGUCUGACAGACUUGAUUUUAAUCAAAAUUUAAUUUUGAGAAAAUAUUAACCAGAAAAGUAAUUGCGAUUAAAGUUGCGGAACUUUGCCUUUGUACGACAGCGGCAGUGGAAAUAGGACAGUUCUUCUGGUAUUGUAAUGUAUUUACAGCAUUAACUCAGUGUUCCACAAAGUGUUUAAUAUGAUUUUCAUGGUUGUCUUUGUGCGGUGAUUGUAGGAUCUUGCAGCAGUCAGAAUCUGCUGAAUGAGCUUAUAUUUGCUUGUACUUCUAUACUUUUUCCAGGUGAUGCAGACUGUACAGUACUGACUGUCCAUAUUUUCAUGUGCUCGUCUUACCUAUAAUUAAAUGGGAUGAGAAUAAACCAUUUGUGAAUGAGAAAAUAAUGAUUUUUGUUUUUUUUCUUCCAUAAUAUUUCAGUCUCACUACUUGAAAUCAGAAACAUGUAAAGAUUCUGAGCGAAUUGCGGUUCGUAGCCAGGAGGAAGCUCACAGGACUAGAAUGUACCAU